AUGACGUUAGGUGCAGAAUUCAAUGUGGAAAGCUUAACAUCUAGAGUUUGGAACACAACAUUAAAUCGUCCCAAAGAUUUAUCCAAGCAAUUUCGAAAUUUUCCAACAUACUCCACUAUCCAGGCCCAUGAUGGCCACUGGCCUGCUGAAUCUGCUGGCCCUUUGUUUUUCCUUCCACCAUUGGUGAUAGCACUAUAUGUGACAGGAGCCAUGAAUGCAAUUCUCACACCUACACAUCAACUAGAAAUCAAAUGCUACAUUUAUAAUCAUCAGAAUGAAGAUGGAGGUUGGGGAAUACAUAUUGAGGGUCACAGCACAAUGUUUGGAUCAGUAUUUAGUUAUGUUACCUUGAGAUUGCUUGGGGAAGAAGCCGAUAGUGGUGCAGAGGACAUGGCAGUGGUUAAAGGUCGUAAAUGGAUCCUUGACCACGGUGGUGCAGUUGUGAUUCCUUCGUGGGGGAAGUUUUGGCUCGCUGUACUUGGAAUAUACGAGUGGUCAGGUUGUAAUCUAACACCACCUGAACUUUUGCUCCUCUCUUAUUAUUUCCCACUUCAUCCAGGCAAAAUGAUGUGUUAUUCUCUCUUAGUUUACAUGCCAAUGUCAUACGUAUAUGGCAAAAGAUUCGUGGGAAGAUUAACCAGCAGAUUAGUUCAAGCACUAAGGCAAGAGCUUUAUACAGAGCCGUAUCAGGAUCUCAACUGGAAUAAAGCAAGGAAUACAUGUGCAAAGGAAGAUCUCUACUUUCCACGUCCACUUGUUCAGGAUAUCGUUUGGGGUGUUCUUCAUAACAUUGCUGAACCUAUUUUAAGAUGUCAAUCCUUUUCGAAAUUACGAGAAAAGGCCUUAAAAGUUGCAAUGGAGCAUCUUCACUAUGAAGAUAAGAGUACUAGAUAUCUUUGUAUUGCAUGUGUGGAAAAG